AUGUCUUUGUCGACAUCUACGGUCAACAUCCCUACACCUCAACAUCCUGUUCCAUUCAAACGGCAUCUUAUGCAACAAGUUAAUUUGGAGAGAAAAAGAGACAUGAUUACAGCUGUUGAGAGCAAAUCGAUCUUCAAGUUAAUUGAGGUGUGUCAUAGACCUCGGGGGACUAUCUAA